UGACAAUAUAUCUUGGUUGUCUGUCAGGCCUGGCCAGUCCAAUGCCACCGCUUCUUUCAAUACGUAUCCAUGAACCUCGUCCUACUAGCUCCUCACUGCGCACGCAUCGAGACAUCCAUGGAUGGAAGCUCGAACCACGGCCCCUGUCUACCACCUCUACGACACGGCACCGCAGAGCAGAGUGGCGGUUAUGAGUUGGUAACAACCAAGUUUCCUGCUGUAACCACGACCCCUCGACCAGAGCCCUGCUCGACCUUCCACCACCACCACCGCUAGCACGGCACCAGCAAAGCAAUACCUUGACGAGCUUGGGUCUGAAAGUGGGGACUUUUUGGCGGCUCCCUUCAAGAUUCCCAUCUGCCAUCCCAGAAAUCCCAUCCUCGUCAAGGGCGGCAUUCCUCCAGGUCCCAGGUCAUCACACGCCCACCCCCCGCUCCCGUCCUUACUGGGCUUGUUCUCUUUGAUCGACAAUACCCUUUUCCUUCUUCCUCUUUUAUCGUUGCUGCGCCGCGGGUUCUAGACGUAACUGACGACGACUUGAUUCCGCAGCACUUCACCUUUACUCUCUGCUGCAUUUCGGCCUGAAAUAGUCCUGAAUUCAAUCCAGCAAAAGCACCGACCACACAAAGCCACAGUACAACGCCGCCCAUCAAAAGGAACGUGAUUGGAAUAUCGCCCCGUACUCCAUCUUUCGAAAACGGCGGCAGUCAGAUGCAGAAAACUAUUACACAGCAAUAUCGCAUGGGGGACUAACCUGACGAAAGUCAACGAAUCGCGCGCUUGUGUUGCUGUUAGUAGCCCAUUCAAAGCGGGCUCCUUCUUAAGCUCCUCCACCGCCGAAAAGGCAGGAAGCACCAGGAAGCAGCAGCAGCACGAGCAGCAGCGGCAACAUUGAACAACAGCAACCGUUAAUACUUCAGUUCCCACCCCCCCCUCCUCCAUUCGAAAACGAAGGCCUUCUUCGAUGUGCCGCCGCCGUCUACACCUGCACUUGUCAGCUUGCCGCCAUCUCGCCGCCUCACCACUACGAUCCGCACUACUACAACCGCCAGAACAAUGUCUCACGGACAGCCUCCCCCUGGAUCCAGCAUGUAUGGCUUUGGAGCCAUGGGGAUGGGAUCCGGUAUGGGAUCCGGUAUGGGAUCCGGUAUGGGAACUGGCAUGGGAACCGGCAUGGGAACCGGCAUGUCAGCCUCGCAGAUGACUUCCGACCCACAGGACAUGAUGUCGCUUCUGGAUACUUCAGUGUUUCCUGGGUUUGACGGAAUGUCGAUGAGUCUCGAUGUUGGCGAUUCCAUGUCAAACCCCUUCACCCCGGUCUCGGUCCCGCCACCCCUCCCUGCAGGUAAUGCAGGGCCCAGUCAUGUUGGGGUGUGCGGCGGUCACGGGGCACCCGACCAGCUAUUUUCCCCCGACGACCUUAUUGCGACCAGCAUGUCCAGCGCCGGACCGAUGAUCGCCACGCCUACCACCACCACCUCCGGACCUUCGGGGGGCCCUUCGUCGGGCGGCGGAAGCACCCUGACCGAAUUCACCAAGCGCCGCAAUUGGCCCGCCAAGGUUGUCGAAGAGCUCCAGGACUGGGAACACAUUCUGGAUGCCAACGGACGGAUCAAGCAUGUUUCGCCCAGCGUAGAACCCCUGACCGGCUAUAAGCCGCCCGAAAUCAUUGACUUGUUCCUCAGAGACCUGAUCCACCCGGAUGACGUCGGGGUCUUCACCGCGGAGUUGAACGAGGCCAUUGCGACGGGAUCCCAAUUGCGACUGUUCUACCGGUUCCGGAAAAAGGAUGGAAACUGGACCAUUUUCGAGACUGUUGGUCAUGCGCACAUCGCCGCCGCCAAGUUUGCACCCAAUCCACAGAACCAGUCGCCUUUCUGCCAGGCCGUGUUCAUGAUGGCUCGACCCUACCCGACCAAGAACGCGGGUCUGUUGGAUUCCUUUCUGGAACACAAGAUUGAAAACGAAAGACUGAAGCGCAGGAUUGCCGAGCUGCGCAGAGAGGAGCAGGAGGAGCAGGAAGAGUCGCAUAGGACAUGGCGAAUGAGCCAGGAGGGACGAUCUGAUGUUACGCCGUCCGACGAUACCGCGACCCAGAUGGGAAUGACGCCCUUCUACAUUCCCAUGAAUGCCCAAGCUGACGUUAUGAUGCCACCACCCAGCCAGCCGGCGUCGUCGCUUAACAUUGCGCUGACGCGGGAGAACCUGGAAGGCAUUGCCGGAAGCCGGCCGGAUUCUAUACGCGAAAAGAUGUUGCGUUACGAGGGCAAUCACGCAGACACGAUUGAAAUGCUUACAGGACUCAAGUACCAGGAGGGUGAAAGAAGUCAUGGUAUCACAACGGGUAAUGCCAGCCCGACGCUCAUUAAGGGUGAUGCGGGAAUCGCGAUUCCCCUAGACCGAGAUCCCCGGACGGGAGAGAAGAAGAAGAAGAUCAAGGUUGCAGAGGAAUACGUGUGCACCGACUGCGGUACGCUCGAUUCCCCCGAAUGGCGAAAAGGCCCUAGUGGACCCAAGACACUAUGCAAUGCCUGCGGUCUUCGCUGGGCAAAGAAAGAGAAAAAGAAGAACGCCAACAACAACAAUAACGGCGGAGGUAUAGGCGGUCACAACGACAUCCAUACACCCAUGGGCGAUCAUAUGGGAUAGAAGAUAAAGAUGCGCAAUGAACAACGGAUUCCAGCAGCUAUAUUCAGGCAACAGAAUUCGACCGCUCUCAACACAAUCUCGACGUUUAUCAAGAUCCGCAGCACAAGCUCGGCGCAUUGGCCUAUAUACAGAUUGAGAAAAAGAACAAUGACCAGUUUCUAGAAACAGGAAACGCAGCUACGAAGUGGGAGUAGACACUGAUCUUGCAUUCCUUGCUUUGGGUUGAUGAAGAGGGACUACCUAGCCAUGGAAAAGGGCGCGAGUGCAUGAGGAAGGGAUGGACCAUAGAAACAGAACUGCAUCGAUUCCGUGCUGCCUGGUGCGUAGAGUGGUCUUGACAUGUGCAGCUUAGCUUUGUGGACCGUUCCGAGAACGUGCCUUGGAGAGCCGGUAGUGCUGCGGUGCACGGUAGGAUGAGAUGGCAGGAAACGCAACCCCGGCAUCGUUACGAUACACACUAUCUUUCUUUAUGCGAUGGACAUAUGACUGGAAACCGAUUCAGUUGGUUUGGCCAGGGUAUGGAGAGGAGUUUGUUACGCCGCGUCGCCCUUGCUGGCGGGUGUGUUCAUCCAGCGAUGAACGGAAGGACGGCCGCACAUGAAAGAAAGGGGCUACUAUACCACCAUGUCAACGUAUGCAUUCGAUCUAUGAUGAGCUACCGCCACCUGCUGAUACUAGGCUUUUUGGUUUUCACAAGGACUCUUAAUGGCAAUGCC